AGCUCCAGGUGCCCGAUCCACUUGGGGAAAUCACUGCGGACCAGUGAGCCAAGAAGCCCGGUUUCUGCGCAAGAAAGAUCCUCAUUAGAAUUCAGCAUGUCAAAUUUUUCCUCAAGGAAAAAGUCUCCUUCUGGAAAUGAUAUGAAGAGCGCUCAGGGGGCUGCACUGAGACAACAGGGUUUUCAUGACGUGAACAAGAGAAGGGUGUUCUUACAGGAUAACAGCUGGAUAAAGAAACGCCCUGAGGAAGAAAAGGAUGAAAAUUAUGGCAGGGUGGUGCUCAGCCGGCAUAACUCCCAUGAUGCCUUGGACAGGAAAAUAAGGGAGAGGGAUGAGCCAAAAGCCACAAUUAGCCGGUACAGAUCUGACGACACGCUGGACAGAACACUGACCACAUUCAGGACACCGGAAAAAACGAAGACGCCAGAUGGCAGCUCCUUUAAUGCAAACACGACCACCACAGCUUCCACGCCUGCUACCACCCCUGUGAAGAAAAAGAGGCAGUCCUGGUUCCCACCCCCCCCUCCUGGUCACAGUGCCUCUCCGAGCGCAGGAGCCAGCAGAAGAGAUCCAUCUGUUCACCCUCCGAUACCUCCAAAACCCUGCUCUCCCAUCGCGUCUCCUAAGCAACCGAGGCAGAAUAACAGGCAGAUACAUGAUACAGCAGUUGCCAGUGGAGAAGCUAGUCGACAUGCCGAAAGAAAUUUAAGGACUGAAGAUCUUGAUGACAUCAUCAGAGUGGCUGCUUCACUUCAGAAAACUGACAAGGGGGAAGAAAUGGAUAACCUCAUCAGAAUGAACAAAAGCUUGAACAGAAAUCAAGGUCUCGAUGGCCUCUUCAGAACAAACCUAAAGGCACAGCAGAUAGACAAGAGAGCUCAGAGUCUUGAAAGUCUCAUCUUUAUGAACACCCAGAUGGACAGAGACGGGAAAGGAAAUCAAUCCUUUGGAAGUCUUAAGAAAAUCAAUCAAAGGACUGACAAUGAGAAAGGAAGUCAAGAGCUCAGAUCAGUAAUCAAAACAAAUUCCACGGCAGAUAGAAGCAGCAGAAGAGGUAAAGAUCUUGAAAAUGUGAAGAUCAACCCCGGAGGACAUGAAAAUACCACUGGAGAACAAGACCUUGAUGGAGCGAUUAAAGGGAAUCCUGAAACAAACCGUCCUGUGAAGAGGGGCCAGAGCCUUGACAAUCUGAUCAAAGUCACCCUGGAGGCAAACAGAAGUAACCAAGGGGGUCAAAGUCCUGACAAUUUCAUCAAAGGGGUGCCCGAAACCAACCAAGCUAACCAAGGGAACCAAGACCUGGACAGUCUGAUCAAGGUGACCUCCUCAGCAAACAAAAGCAAUCAGCACAGUCUUGAUGAACUUAUUCAUACAAGCCCCAAAGCUGUCAAAACUACUGCCAGACACCAAGAUCUUGACAAGUUCAUCAAAGUAAAUCCUGAUGUCCUCACAAACAACCAAAGGAACAGCGGUCUGGAUGACACCAUCGCGGGGAGCCGUACAGCGGCCAGAAGUGAUCAAAGCCAAGACUUGGACAAUAUUAUUAAAGUGAAGCCUCCUGCUCUCAGAAACACAAAUGGAGACCGAGACCUAGAAAAUUUAACUGAAGUAAGUUCUCACAUAUUUGAAGACAAGAAUGGAAGAAUAGAUGGCCAAGUCAAUGGAUUCACUAACACUCCAUUCAAGGAAUCCACAGGAACAUCUGUCUAUUCUUAUGAAGCCAGGAACAGCCUCAGCCCCAGUUCUGGGACCAGGAAGGCUGGGCCCAAGGACACCGUUGUCUAUACAAGGACAUACGUGGAGAACAGUAAAUCGCCAAAGGAUGGAUAUCAGGAAAAUAUCUCAGGAAAAUAUAUACAAACUGUUUAUUCAACUUCAGAUAGGUCUGUCAUUGAAAGAGAUAUGUGCACUUACUGCCGCAAGCCCUUGGGGGCAGAAACCAAAAUGAUUUUAGAUGAAUUACAAAUCUGCUGCCAUUCUACUUGCUUCAAGUGUGAAAUAUGCAAACGGCCUUUGGAAAAUUUGCAAGCAGGUGACAGUAUUUGGAUUUAUCGGCAGACCAUUCACUGUGAGCCUUGCUACUCUAAAGUGAUGGCAAAAUGGAUUCAAUAAUGCUUACAUGUGGAAAUGAAGAGGAAAGCCUUCAUUAAAGAAGUUAAAGCUACAUUUUAAGAAUAUGUAAUCUAAGAAAGAGUUACAUUGAAGAUUAUCUCUUAUAUCAAAAUAACAUUUUUGUUGUUGCACAAAUAAUCUCAUUACUUUGAAUAAGGUCACAUACAUGAAAAGAACCAUCUGGUAUCUGGCAAAAUUUAGUGAUAAAAGGUCCACAUAAUUCUAGUCACCAAAGCAAAUGGCAGUAAGAAUUGUCAACCCUAAUGAAGCCAUCCCUGCUCCAUUUUUGGCUGCUCAUCAUGGUUUCCAUUAUAAUCGAGUUUUUCAUCUUCUCACCUAUCUUCCCUUAGAAUUAGAGCAUUAUUGACACCCUGACAUAUAGGCUGCUGGAAGGAAGAUAUCCUUUUUUCUACAAAAGAAAAUGUGCCUAGAAAUUUUUCUAUAAAGUUUUGCAGCAAGAUGUCAACAUUAGAAGUUGUUUGGACCAUAGAAAAUAACUUAAAGUUCUCAGUCUUCUGUGACACCACAGACAUGAGACAAAAUAAUUUCUAAGGUUCCCCCUCUGCUCUUCUCAUCCUCUGAUUCUGAAAGAAAAUUGAGUUUCCUGUUUAGAAAUAUGUUGGCAUGUUUGUUAGCUAUAUUGGGACUUAUAAGCAAUUCCACCUAAGUGUCAUCCUUCAGUUUCUCACAAGCAUAGCUUUUAUAGACUAUUCAUAAAACUGAAAUAAAUAUCUCUAUGGGUGAUAAGUAAA